AUGCAGCCGCCUACCCUUCUCCCGCUCGCCGCCGUCGUCGCCGUCCUCCUACUCGCCGUCGCCCCGACACCCGCCGUCUCCCGCCACCGCCACUCGUCCGCCGACACGGAGACGCUCGAUGUAGCCGCCUCACUCUCCCGCGCCCGCGCCGCGCUCUCCACCGACGCCGUCUCGCUGCACCAGUCCGCCGCCGAGGCGAAGGGCGACAGUCGCCCUAGCGGCGGCGGCCUCACGCUGCGGCUCCACUCCCGGGACUUCCUGCCCGAGGCGCAGCAGGGGGGGCGGCAGCGGCACGAGACGUACCGCUCCCUGGUGCUGUCCCGCCUCCGCCGGGACUCGGCGCGCGCCGCGGCGCUGUCGGCCCGCGCGACGCUGGCGGCGGACGGGGUGACCCGUCUGCAUGACCUGCGGCCCGCGAACGAGUCGGCGGUGUUUGCGGCGUCCUUGGCGGCGGCGGCGGCGAUCCAGGGCCCCGUGGUGUCGGGCGUCGGGCAGGGCAGCGGCGAGUACUUCUCCCGCGUGGGCAUCGGCAGCCCCGCGCGGGAGCUGUACAUGGUGCUGGACACGGGGAGCGACGUCACCUGGGUGCAGUGCCAGCCCUGCGCCGACUGCUACCAGCAGUCGGACCCGGUGUUCGACCCGUCGCUGUCGGCCUCCUACGCCGCCGUCUCCUGCGACUCCCCGCGGUGUCGGGACCUGGACACCGCGGCGUGCCGCAACGCCACGGGCGCGUGCCUCUACGAGGUGGCCUACGGCGACGGCUCCUACACCGUGGGCGACUUCGCCACCGAGACGCUAACGCUGGGGGACUCCACGCCCGUCACCAACGUCGCCAUCGGGUGCGGCCACGACAACGAGGGCCUCUUCGUCGGCGCCGCGGGCCUACUGGCGCUCGGCGGUGGCCCGCUCUCGUUCCCGUCCCAGAUCUCCGCGUCCACCUUCUCCUACUGCCUCGUCGACCGCGACUCCCCCGCCGCGUCCACGCUCCAGUUCGGCGCGGACGCCGAGGCCGCGGCGGCCGACACCGUGACGGCGCCACUCCAGCGAAGCCCGCGCACGGGCACCUUCUACUACGUCGCGCUGUCGGGGAUCUCCGUGGGCGGGCAGCCGCUGUCCAUCCCGGCGUCCGCGUUCGCCAUGGACGCCACGUCUGGGUCCGGAGGCGUCAUCGUGGACUCCGGCACCGCCGUGACGCGGCUCCAGGCGUCCGCCUACGCGGCGCUCCGCGACGCCUUCGUCCGGGGCACGCAGUCGCUGCCCCGGACCUCCGGGGUGUCGCUGUUCGACACGUGCUACGACCUGUCGGACCGGACCAGCGUGGAGGUGCCCGCGGUGUCGCUGCGGUUCGAGGGCGGCGGCGCGCUGCGGCUGCCGGCGAAGAACUACCUCAUCCCCGUGGACGGGGCCGGGACCUACUGCCUGGCGUUCGCGCCGACGAACGCGGCCGUGUCCAUCAUCGGGAACGUGCAGCAGCAGGGCAUCCGCGUCAGCUUCGACACCGCCAAGGGCGCCGUCGGCUUCACCCCCAACAAGUGCUAG